AGUAGUCUCCCUUACUCCCCGGAAGUAAACAAGUGCGUGACCAGUGACGAUAACAAAUACACCGUUAGGCCUGUCAGGGCAUGUGUUGACGAAGGAAGUGAACCAGCCACUUAGAAACAUCACAACAUUUGACCCGAGGCCAGUUGAAACAACAUCUAGUUCAACAAUGAUGUUCUCAGAUGAUCAGUACAACCAAGCUUGCAAAGAACUUCUAUCGCCCCAGUUGGACGGUUGGGAAUAUUUCGUCGAGUCAAACGAUGUCACGAUCUACAGGCUUUAUAACGAGACCUCAGGGUUGUACGAGUACAAGAUCUAUGGCUACAUGAAGGAUGUGCAACCGGAUAUCUCUGCCAAAGUCUACAUGGAUACAGAAUACAGGAAACAGUGGGACAGUUAUGUAAAAGAGUUAAGGAUUGAGAAGACCCUUGACCAGGAUGUGAUCUACUGGAACAUCAACUACCCGUUCUUCAUGUCAAACCGAGAUUAUGUGUUUUCACGAGAACUUCGUGAGAUUGAUUAUGAAAACAACAAAAUGUGGGUGGUCCUGGCAAAGAGCGUAACUUCGGCAUCGUUUCCCGAGCAGUCCGGUGUCAUCCGCGUCUCCGACUACUUCCAGAGUGCCGCCCUCAUGACUGAUGGACAGGUCGGAACUAAAGCCUUCAUGCACUACUAUGACAACCCUGGUGGCAUGAUCCCCACCUUCCUCAUCAACUGGGCAGCCAAGACUGGGGUGCCCCAAUUUCUGACGACCAUGCAGAAAGCUUGUCGUGGGUAUGAGGCAUUUCAACAGAAGACUUCCAGUUGACAGCCUCACCCUUCAUCCACAUUAGUAAUUAUCUAGUUCCACCAACUGAUCAGUACUUUUUAAUAUAUAUAAGGCCUUUCCAGUUUAUUUUCUAUUUUUGCAGAAUAUUGGGAAUUAAGGGGCUAAAUAAAAAAAUGUAAAUGUUUUCAUUGCUAAAAUGUUGUUAAUUUCAUAAAAAAAUACUUUCGAAAUGACAGUUUAAGCAAAGAUCCAAUCAAUAAGGUGUUUAUGUUACUGGUAUUUUUUCCCAAUCACACUUGACAUUUAAUCUAUGUAUUUUUACAUUCUAAAGUUAGUAAAGACUCAUCCAUAUUUUCAUUCACACACAAUAUUUAUAUUAUUAAUGUUAUUAGUUUGGCAAUGUUCAGUGUUGACUUACUGGUAAAAUAAGAAAACAAAUUGGUCUGUUGUAACAAUUAUAUAAAAGAUAAGAUAAAGGUAUGUCAUUUAAGAAAAUGUAGAAUAUUUAUAUGUGAUACUUUUGUUAAACCUUUGAUCAGGUCACAGAUAUAGCACUGAAACAAAUAUACAUUAAGACUGUUGAAUUGAAAAUAACUGUUUCCCAGCCAUUGAGUUUUCAAUGGUAAUGUGAGCAAAAUUGUUGCUUUUGUUUUAUGCAAAACUUUGUAAUCCACAUGUUAAAUUUUCAAGGUCACAGAUAAAAUUGUUUGUUUUUAACCAUAAACCACCUUUAACAUGUCAGACAAUGUUAGAUUGUUUUUAAAAAAUAUAUUUAAUCAUUAUCAGUAUUUUUCAGCACUGAAAUCAAUAAACAUUAUCAACCGACCAUAUCUGUAUUUCGAAUACCUAAACAUUCUUCCCAGGUGCUUGAAUUAAUAUUUUAUUAAUACGCAAAAUUAAUAUUUUCAUUUAAGUUGUACAUUAUAUCAGAACAUAGUCAUUUGACAUCAUGUCAUUGGUAUACAUUGCUAUCAGUUUGAUACACAAGUAUUUUGUAGAGGUUUAGCAUUGAAGUAGGAAAAGCAUUAUGGAGCCUUCAGAAGAAUAUCUUAAUGACAUGUUACAUUUAUCAUCCAAAACUGGCUCCCACAGGAGAUAUGGCUGGGGUCAGAUCAAGCCAUAUCUACACUGUAGACUAGGGCUGGGACGUAUAAAUCGGGUUCCCGGGUCGCAUGGGUACUGAGUAGGACCCGGGUACCCACAGGACUACCCGGACCC